AUGCACCGUCUGAAACCUCGGGUGUAUGUUGGGUGCAUGAAAUCUGGUCCCGUCCUUGCCCAGAGGGGAGUGAAAUACCAUGAACCGGAAUACUGGAAGUUUGGCGAGAUUGGAAACAAGUACUUUCGUCAUGCUACUGGACAAUUAUAUGCCAUUUCACAAGAUUUGGCAACUUAUAUAUUGAUAAAUCAGGAUGUGCUGCAUAAAUAUGCGAAUGAAGAUGUUUCAUUGGGAUCAUGGUUCAUAGGUUUAGAUGUGGAACAUAUCGACGAUAGGAGAAUAUGUUGCGGCUCCCCCCCUGAUUAUGAGUGGAAGGCUCAGGCAGGUAAUACAUGCAUUGCUACAUUUGAUUGGAAAUGCAGCGGGAUUUGCAGGUCUGUUACGAGGAUGAAGUAUGUUCACGAGCGUUGCGCAGAGGAUGAAAAUGCAUUGUGGAGCACAACUUUUUGA